UGUGGCAUAGACGCAAUAGCAAACUGUGUGUUUCAUUCUCUACAAUUCCGUAGAAAUUUGUAGUCUUUUUUUUUGUAACAGUAAAAUUAUAUUGAAAUGGUUAAUUUACGAACGUUUCGUCAGUGAACUUGAGUUUUCUGAUGAAGUGUUCUUCUAAAAAAAAUCGGAGCAUUAAUCAUUAAUAUUAGUAGCGCCAUUAAAAAAUUAUCUAUUUGAUGCACUGUAUUUUUUAAAAUUGUUUGACAUACAUACAGUGAAAAUUUUCAAGUUCUAGAACUUGAGAAGUGACAUAAUUUAUAAAAUCCACCUUUUGUAUUCUGUGAUUUUACAUAUCAAUAAAAUCUCCGUGUCAAGCUCUGUAUAACGUGUGGCUUUUCCAAUCUACCUUAUCAAUUCAACUUAAUCAAUCGACUGAGUGUGCUCCUCUAACAAAAUGAGCUCAACUGAAAUAGGCCCAUUUCGUCCAAACUCACUAUCUUCACAUCAGUUUUGUCAUCAAUCACACAACAACGUGAUUGAUGCUCCAAUUCACCCUAGUUUGCAGAAAAGUGUCCCAUCCAGCAACAGCGCUUCUCAAAGAGCUUUAAGAAGUGAAGCCCUGCGAUUAGCAACUUUCCAAGGAUGGCCUCUUGAAUACCUUUCUCCCAGAGAUCUUUCACGUGCUGGCUUUUUUUAUCGAGGCCUGGCAGAUCAAACCCAAUGUGCAUUUUGCUGCAUUACCAUCAGCCAAUGGGAAGCUCACGACGAUCCCAUGGCUGAGCAUAGAAGACAUGCUCCAAAUUGCCCUUUUGUUCUUCAAUUAUCAGUUGGCAAUAUCCCUCUCUCCAGUAAUAGAAGUGUCCCCACUGUCCAACCCGUCGCCUCAUCCUCACGUCCAUGUGCAUUCCCCUCAUUGGGCGGUGGUGGUGGCGCAGAUACAUGCUCCCGAUUUCAAAACGAAUCUCGUCCCAAUGCAUUACCCGAAAGAGUUCCAGUGGCAUUAACGAUCCGUCAAGCAAACGGCGGUGAAGGGCCAUCAACUUCAGGUGACUUGUCAUCAUUGAGUCUUUUGCCACAUCAACAAGCUCGUCAUCCUGAAUUGACAUCGUUAGAAGCUCGAUUGAAAACUUUUGAUGAUUGGCCGCCUGGUUUGGAACAACGCCCACCGCAGCUAGCUGAAGCAGGAUUCUACUACAUGAAAACUGGCGAUCACGUCAAAUGUUUCUGCUGCGACGGAGCUCUGCGCAAUUGGGAGCCCAAGGACGACCCGUGGGUGGAACACGCCCGUUGGUUCUCGCGUUGCAACUUUCUAGUAUCCGUGAAAGGAAAUGACUACAUCAGAGAAAUUCAAGCUCGAUACAAGCAAAAUAUUCCUGGAUCGAGCGCGGCUUCAGAAGAUUUAGUUGAAGUUAAAGAAGUUAAAAAAGAAGAAGAUGGUAAAAAUGUAUGUAGUGCUGCUGUGCAAUCGUCUGAAGAAGCUACUGGCGGUGAUGCGCCAUCCACUUCUGCCUCGUCCAAACUACGUGACGCCCUUCUUUGUCAGAUCUGUUAUGACCAGCAGCUCAGUAUGGUCUUUCUACCCUGCGGGCAUUCCAUGAGUUGCCCGUCCUGCGCUACUGCUCUCACCACUUGUCCCCUCUGUCGUAAACGCAUCGAAGCGACGGUCCGCGCCUUCUUUCCCUUUUCUUAAAAAAACAAACAUACGGUAAUUAAAUAUUGAAUCAGAGAAGAAACGCCCCUAGUUAUGGUGGUGUACCGGAACUUGAAAACGCUUUUGUUUGUAUGUGGAAGAGAGAUAGCCUUUAUAUGCAUUUGAUUUAAAAAAAAAAGUUGGCUUAAAAUAAUUAGCUACAGAAUAUCCAGAUAAUAAAUGUAAUUACAAGAACUCUCUCGGUUCAGAGGCACAUUUUUGACAAGUGGUCCCAAAAUUUUGGGUAUCGCGAAUUUUACAUAUUCAAGACAUUUCGAAUGAACGGGUCCGUGGUCUUUGUUAUUUCUUUUCGCAAUUCUUGCAUUUCUUCACAAUUCACAUCUUUCUUUUGCUCCAUUAUUUUUUUGGCACGUUCCAAAUACGUCCGCAUCAAUGUAUCACCUUCCUGUGAAUAUACCAUUACAUGUAAACAAUAAUUAACAAUGUCGUAUAAUGUGUAA